AUGGCCCCCCGCAAGCCACGCUGCAGUUUCAAGGAGUGCAAGGAAGCCGCGCAGCGCAUCGUCGGCGACUGCAGCUUCUGCCACGGCCACUUCUGCUCCAAGCACCGCAUGCUGGAGGCCCACUCCUGCUCCGGCCUCGAAGACUGCAAGAAGGAGAGCCAUGCCCGCAACGCCGAUAAGCUGAACAGUGAGCGGACCGUUGUGGUCAAGGGUGUAUAG